AAACUAAUUUUUUCUUUCAUCUUUUAAAAAUUCAGAUUUAUUUGACGAUAUGAGUGGGAUCUUGCCGGCACGCAAUCAGCUGGUCUUUACCAGAUUGGUACUCUCCUAUUUAGAUUUCUAAUCUCUUUCCAAUGUUCAUACUCAUUUUUCUAACCUCAAUUCAAGAUUCAAAAUAAUAAUAUAAUUUUUUACAUUAGGCUAAGUCGAUUUAUUACAGUUUUUUAUAAUUGUAAUCCACCAACUUAAUGUUAUAGUCUCAAAAGUUAGCUUGACUUAUUUAUUGAUGAUUGUCCAUUUACAAGUGAUUAAGUUAUUAAAAGUAGGUUAUCCGCUUAUCAGGAAAAUGUCCAGAUCCAUUCCAGAACAAUUAAACAAGGGAGUAGUUGAUAAAGACUUGAUUAAAGCGGCAAGAUCGCUUCUACCAAUUCUAGGCUUUGAAAAUCAUAAAGGUUCUUGCGGAAGAAUAGGUGUUUUUGGAGGUUCCAUUGAAUUUACUGGUGCACCGUAUUAUGCUGGUUACAGUGCACUUCGAACUGGUGUAGAUCUUGUGUACAUAUUUUGUGCAACUGCUGCUGCUCAAGCAAUAAAAUCAUACAGCCCAGAACUUAUGGUUUUGCCGUAUCUUGAUGACCAGAAUGCUAUAGAUAAAAUAACACCUUGGCUCAAUAGACUCCAUGCUCUCCUGAUUGGACCCGGUUUGGGACGACAUGAAUAUGUUUCUAAAACAUUGGUACAAGUUAUAAAUCAUCUUGAGUGCAAUAAUUUAGCAAUUCCCUUAAUUUUUGAUGCAGACGGACUGUUUUUUCUUUCGCAACAUCCCCAAUUAAUGCAGAAUUAUGAAGGUAAUAUUUACAUUACUCCAAAUGUUGUGGAGUUUAAAUUUUUGGCUAGAAGUAUUUUAAAUGUGACAGAAGAAGACACUGAAGAACAUCUCUUAACCGCAUUACCCAAGGGUCUGGGAAACAAUGUUACAAUAAAUUUAAAAGGUUUCAUUGAUCUCAUGGCCAAUAAUGGCCAAAUCGUCAAAUGCAGUGUUGAAGGUUCUCCAAGGCGGUGUGGAGGCCAAGGAGACAUGCUUUCUGGAAUUUUGACUGCCUUUGCUGCUUGGGUUAAAAUCAGAGGUAAUUCAAUAUUACCUAAUACGAACAUUCCAGCCGAAUUAAUAGCAAGCUAUGCUGCUAGUUCUAUAGUUCGAAGCUGUAACAAAUUAGCAUUUAUGGAUAAUGGAAGAGGUAUGAUUGUUACUGAUAUGAUUGAUAAAAUUAUUCCUGUCACAAAUGAAUUAUUAAAUGAGAAUAAAACAAAAAACUGAUCCCAACAAUGUUGCUGAUAGUAAUAGUAAUGAAAUACAAUAGUAGACAGUAAUUUUUAAAAAAUGUCUAUUGUUUAAUACAAUCUCCAAUUUUUAGAAAAUAUACUGUUUAAGAAAUUGA